UGUAAGGAACUAAAACAAUUUGGGAAUACGCCAUCCGCAGAUGCAACCUAUUUGACAUAGUACACUGGAGUAGUUUUUUUCUGACUGUAGUUAGUUGACCGAAAAUAAACUACAGUUUUUCGAUGAAGGAUGCAAAGUUGAUGCUUUUAGUUAGGAGCAAUUCCUGACCAUUUUUUUUUGUUUGCUUUUUAUUUUGUCUGAAUGGAAAGUUUAGAAACAGCACCACUUUCAUUUUCACAACAGCGCUCACUGUGUCACAUGGUGGGGGAAAAUAAAGUUAAAACUAGGCUUUCUUCGUAAACGUUGAUUUUGAUAUCUCCAUGUGUGUGAACUGUAACUUGGCUUUAUUUUGACUUCAGUAUUGAAGAAUACUGACAAUGAAACAAAACAUGUGGUAUGUGUUGACUCUAUAAACUAUCAGUUUCACAAAUUAACCUCAUGGCUGAACUUCCUACGAUCAUUGAAGCCCUUGGAGAACAUUUAUACAUUAAGAUUGAACAUUUCACACAAGUACAAUCCAUAGAAACUGAUAUUGGAAAAUUAACUGGCAUACUUCUUGAAACUGGGGAGAAAGAGGUGCUAAAGAUGUUGCAAAGUGACCAAUAUCUGCAGCAAUGCAUGUUGCAAGCCAGGAUGCAUGUGCCUUACAUCAGUCAUUCACCUCAAGAGCAAGAACACAACUUUCAAGAUGCUGAAGAUUUGGAGGAAACACUUUAUGAAGAAGUGAAAAAAUUAGAACCAGACCUUAGUGGCAAAAUAACUGGAAUGAUCCUGGAAAUGGAGCUGUCACAAGUGAAGAUGUUAUUAUCAUCAAACAGUCAUCUGAAGUCUGCUGUGAGGAAAGCUAAAGAGACCUACCUGUCACAUGCUAAAAAAAUCUCUGAAUCAACUUCAGACUGCACGAGAGAUGAAUGCUGCUCACAUGGCUUGUCAGACGAGGAGCUUGGAGAGAUCAUAUAUGAAGAAGCUGAAAAGCUGUCGGCAGCUCAUGCAGAAAAAUUAACAGGCAUGAUCCUAGAACUGGAUUCGAAACAGUUAAAAAGUUUUGUGCAAGAUUCACCGAAACUUCGAGAGGUGCUUAGGAUGGCAUAUGCUACACUGCAGCAAACAAGCUGACAGCCACUUUUAAAUGCUGUUUUGUUAGAUACCAGGUCGAGUGAUUCAAUUGUGAUCUUUUUUAUACAUUCCUCAUUCCUGUCUCAGUUAUAAAUACCAGUGUAACUUCGUGUAAUUUGGUGGGAAAAGAUAAAAUAACAGGCAUUACAUAAACAUUACAGGAUUGCUAAAAUAAUGAAUCAGACAAAAAAGGAAAAAAGAAAUAUUAAAUAUUUAUUUACAAAAGUAAAAAAUGUAAGUUGCUGGCAUCCUCAAUUGCCUGAUUCACUCAUUCAAUUCUCUUUGUCUCUGCAAUGCUUGACAGGGUGCUCACUUCUGCCUAUCACAGGCCUGCCUACAGUUAUGGAUUUUCUGUAGUCGUAAUGGAUAUCAACACAUACUAGCUAUUGAACUAUGGUCGAGUGUUUUUUAAAAAAAAAAAACCUAUGGAAAAUUACAGUUGUCUGUACCUCGAUGAAAAGCACAAGAAACUAAGAAAUGUAAGCCGGUUUGAAUGGCUAGACCAAUUACUGAAACAUCUGAAUUGAAUUAGUCUUGGGUUUAUCACUUGUGACUGUUGUCUGUUAUCAUCAUGAAAACGUGCCAUCCUGUGCAGCAACUUUCGUCAGUAACAUUUACACAAUUUAAAACAUAUCAAUCCAUCAACAUGAUACUUCACAAUUAACCAUUAAAUAAAAGUUUAGAUCAUUCAGAAGUGUUGGUCAAUCAAAAGUAGUUAGUAGGCUAAAAUUCCUCCAACAGUGGUAUAGGGUUGAUUUCUUCUAAAAGGCUUUCAGUCCCAAGAUUCAACUGUAUGCAGAAGACUGCGUCUGACUACCCAAUCCUCAAAUUGUGGGAAAAGGAUAUUAUCUAUUUGUUAUAUGUAAGACUAUUUGCCUGUGUGAAAUUGAGUACCAUUUGCAAUGCAUGGGAUGGAUGUAAACCAAGUUGGUUUAAGCCCUGUCCAAACAUUUCUGAGGCAUGUAAAUUUGCAUUUUGCCAAAGCUGAACCAGUCUUUAAUCGUUGUUGAUUGCUCAGAGACUGAUUAUUUAUGAAAUACUUAUCUAUGCAGUCUAGACAUAAGUCAUUUUUCAUCCAAAUAUGAGUAACAACUCGUUAAUGUUUCACAGGCAGGCAUUCAGCUUUAGUGUGCCACAACCUCACAUUAUAAAUCCAUAUCUUGUAUACGAAAUAUUUUGUGAUAUUUAUUAUUGAUUGUGAUCCAUUUAGUCCAAGAAACCCAUCUGAGUGAAAACAAAAUUGUCAAAAAUGAAUCAGUGUUUUUGUGUGCAUGCAUGUAUCAUAUGCUUUUGUGUACAAUGUAUCUCACAUGUUCUUCAUUAAAACUAUAUUUUGAAGCCUUAUAUUUUUGUCAUUCAUCCUUGUGCAGUCAUGAUUAAUUUAUUCUUACAUGGGGAUCUACUCCCCUAACAUCCAAAAUAGUGAAAUAUCUAUUUUCCUAAUGAAUAUUUAUCAACACUUUCAAACCAAAUAAUAUUUAUCACUUGACUUUUCGAUGGUUCAUUUGUUCUGGCAAAGUCUGGACCAGUCAAGAAAGAUAGCAAAAGAUUGUCAAAAAGAAUGUGACCCUUUAUUCUGCACUUAAGGUGAUUACAGUUCAUGAUGUGCUUCUGAAAAUGGUAGCUUCUUGAAAGUCAAUAAAUGUGUUGUACAGUGAUUAUAGUUUAAGGAGGCUGUACAAAAAAAUUCUGGAAAUGCAGCAUAUUGUGCCGGAUAAACAUUUUCUGCAAAUAUGCAGCAUCUAUUUGUAACAAGUAGAGAAAGAAUAUUUUUGUGGUUGAUAUGACUAUGUCAUUAUAGGGCAAAGGCUGCUGCUUAUAACAAUUCCUGAACAAAAUGUGAACAUACCUGUAAAAGUCUGGACAAGCUAAAAAGCAGCAAUGGUUUAAUAUAGCAAUUCUGGCAACAUUCACAAACAUGCAAGGAUUCUUUUUUCUUUCACUACAUUUCUGCUGCCUGUCAAAUUCUAAUAGCACAAACAUAACAACCCACCAGUAUUGAAAUCAACAUGUGUAUAUAUAUUAUUUACACCUUUUGUCCUUAUGUUCUCUCUU